UAGACGAAAGUAGAAUCGAAUGCAGCGGCUUCGCAGUAAUUCUAUGAUAAAUAAAUUACUAUUGCAAACCCCAACUCCAGAUCUUCCCUUUUCUAGGGGGGGAGCAGAGACGCCAGCCAGGGGGGAAGCAUACAAUUCAAUUUCAACAAAGACGCUCCUUUCCCUCGCAACACACGCUUACAAAAUACUAGUAAACAGUGCCUUAAAUGUGGAUCCUCAACUCCAGAUAAAGAUUAAACAGUCAGAUUUAUCAAACUAUGAACACCAGUUAGCUGGCAUUUAAUGCCAAAUCAUAUCAAUCUACAGAAUCCAAAGCCAGAUACUAAGAGAAGAAGAGAAUCCAAAUCCCCAUCAAUGCUCUUAAUUGCAGCACGAUUCUGCAGCGGAAAAACCUUCUUUUUCUAUGUCAAAAUGCAUAUUUCUUUCCAUGUAUAAAAACUCCCACCGCUGCCCCUUUUGUUUUCUUUCCAUUCAAAAACUGCUCUGCUCUCUCUCUCUCUCUAUCUAUUUAUACAUCACCUAGUAAAUGGAGAUGAACCCACCAAGGAACAAAAUGAAGAGGGCUAGCGGUUUCUCUCUGGUGAGUGAAGAUGUUAUUGAAAAUAUACUCUCUAGGCUUCCUGCCUUGUCAUUUGCUUCCGCAGCCUGCGUUAGCAAAUGCUGGAACAAGGUGUGCGGUCGAAUCCUCUCAAGGCCUAAGUUUGCCUCUGCUCUCUCUCUCAACCCUUCCCUCCAUGAUGCUGUGAAUGAGGUUUUUGAAAAGGUUCUGUCCGAGCCUAUUUCUCCUCACUUUGCAAUUGCCUGUAUUGGCAAGCAAUUCAGCUUGGAAGUGGCUCACCAACUAAUAACACAAAAAUUGGGCUCAAAAGUGCCAGUAAUUACUAAUGCAGCCAGUGGAAUCAUCGGUGCUGAUGCUUGUAGCGAUGAACUAAAGGAGAUUAGGUGGGAAUCAAGUGAUGACGAUGAUGAUGAUGAUCAGGAUGAUGAGACUGAUUCUCAAGGAGACAGUCUACUUGAUAAAGGAAUCGUUUUGGUUGUUGGAUUUGUACCUGGACUCAAAGUUGAUGCAAUCCCACUGUUGCGACCAAAGACGGUACCUCAAAUAGCUUUGGUUGACAAAUUUUUGAUGGAUAUUAGUAGCUUCACAGCGUCUGUUUCAGAUUGCUUAUCACCUGCUGGGAUCAUAUUGUUUGGAGAUCGAAACAUCGAUAUGAAACCUAUCCUUGCAAAAAUGGAUUUUGCCAUGAAUGAGGAAACAGUCAUUGUGGGUGAUGCAACUGGCUGCUUCUUGUGCAGAAGGGCAGAUGAUUCUCAAAAUGACCAUGCAGAUACGAACUUAGAUGCUGUUGCCCUUGUAUUUGCAAGGGACAAAAAUAAGUCUGAUGGGGCAGGUAUAGGAGAAAUUCAAUUUCAUGUCACAUUGUCAACUGGCGUAAUGCCAUUUGGUCCCCAACUCCAGGCAGUUUGUGUUAUAGCAAAAGACACUGAGUGUUCAUGGCUUACUGCCAGAUUGCAAGGACAGUAUGAAAUUCUUGAUGGGGAGGGCCUCUUAGGUGAUAUUAGUGAUCAGUUCAAUGGCGAAGAGUCUCCUGAUCUCUACAUUGGAGUUGUACAGCAAAGAGAAUGCUGUAUUGGCACAGAGAGUUCAUCAAGGGCAUCCUUGGCGUUUUAUGAAGUUCUUGGGGGCGAUAAAGAGUUCUUUAUCAUUAACGGUGUUGGCAUCAAACCUGGUGAUUCUUUCCUAUUCUACCAUUCAGACUCUGAUACUGCAUCAUCGUCAUGUGGCGACGCCUACAGAAACCUUGCAAAUCUGAAGGAAGAAUCGAAAAGGAAAAACUGCCUGCGUCCGAGGAAUGUUGAAGAGGAAGAGGUUUUUGGAGGUUUAAUUUUCUCUUGUGUUCACCGGGGUGAGUCAUUCCACCAUGAUACAGAUAGCUUCCCAUUCCGCGAAAACUUUCCUGGAGUUCCACUAGCAGGAGUGUUUUGCGGUGGAGAAAUUGGACGAGGUUCUUCAAGCUCAAUAUCUCAAGAAGAUGAUGAAGAAAACUCUGCUCGUUGCUGCCUGCAUUAUCAUAGCACAGUAUACUUGGUUAUGUCAUAUGUUCCAGCAACUUCAGAGCGUUAAAUGCAUAAAAGGCAAAUAUAUAUGCCCCUUAUCAAUGGAUGCAUAAAACUUGCCAUAGUGUAUAGCGUUUUUCUAUUGCAUAUAGUUUAGCUUCGUGUAUGUAUCAGAGCUCCAACAAUGCUUGCUGAUGUUGUUUUUGUGUUCUUUGAUGUAUGAAUUAUGAAAUUGAAUUGGGGGGACUUUGCUCCUUCUAAAUACUUUUGUUUGACAUUGUUGCCAAAUUGCAAAUUAAUAGAUUUUCCCGUGAUGUUUAUGUA